CUUGUAAUAGUGCUGAUGGUGACGUAGCUUGUAGUGAUGCUGAAGAUGGAAUAACAUGUAAUGGCGCUAAAGGUGAAGAUACUUGUAUUGUUGAAGAUAAAGAACCUUGUAAUGAUGAUAAUGGCGAAGAUUCUUGUAAUAAUUCUGAAGGUAGUGCUGAAGGUGGUGUUGAAGAAG